AGGAACUACGCGAGUGAAACUGCUGAGCGUCGGUUAGUCACAGAGGUUGAUACCGAUGUUUUUUUUUUACAGAAAUAUUUCUCUUCCUCCUGCUCAUCAGUUCAACAUAUGCCAGGAUUUCAGUCAUGUAUGCCCAUGACCGCUUGUCUGACAUAAUAGCCGACCAAUGCCUCAACGAAAUGUAUCCGAAAAACAAACGGCUCGAGCUGCAAGAGUCUGACGAAUCGUGUAUCAUAUACUGCGUGUUGAAGAAAUUCGGCAUCAUGAACAGCAGUGGGCAAAUUAACUUGGAUAUUUACAGGAAACACGUACAGCAAGCACACCAGCUGGACAGUCAUCACAUGAUGGACGACAAGGGCGGCGAUUGCGUUGAGAGCGCAGAGGCAACCCAACACAAGCAAGAUGUCUGCAAGAAGGCCAAAGUCUUCAAUGACUGCACUCACCUAUAUAAACUAGUUUUCAAAUAA